UUGAACCCACCAACUAACCAUAUUCGUAUUCAUAUUCAUAUUCAUAUUCAUGUGUGGUGCUAAAAUGAAAAGCAUGUAGAUGUGAAGAAGGUGUUCUGAAAAAGAGGCAAAGUUAUCCAUAGUAGGGAGUGUGAGGCGCACCAUGUUGCCUCCUAUCGAUAUCAACGCUAUAAAAGAUAAGGUGUCGUUUCAGUUGCGUCCUUGGCAACGCUCCUUCCAAUUCUGGGUUCGAGCCAUUGACAUUUACACCGGAUACAAGGUGUUUCAAGUGAGAGUGAAUUUCGUCAGAGAUGCGCAGAAGCAGGAAGCAAUGUGGGAGAGGCAGCACGAGAUUGCUGCCGAUAAGAUUUUCGCCAUGUGCUCUGACCUCGGAGGUUUCUUCCUCAAGAUUGCGCAAAUUUUAGGGAAGCCUGAUUUGGCCCCGUCUGCGUGGGUGAAAAGGCUUGUUACCCUAUGUGAUAGGGCUCCUCCAACCCCUUUUGAUGCGGUGAAACUAGUGCUGGAGAAUGAGCUGGGACAGGGUAUUCAUGAUGUGUUUGACAGGUUCGAUGUGGAACCCCUUGGCUCUGCUUCAAUUGCUCAGGUUCAUAGAGCAAGACUGAAAGGUGAUAAUGGUGAUGUUGUUGUCAAGGUUCAACAUCCUGGAAUUCAGGAUUUGAUGAUGACGGAUAUCCAUAACUUGCAAGCUUUUGCUUUGUAUAUGCAAAAGACAGAUAUCAAAUUUGAUCUAUAUUCAGUGACUAAGGAAAUGGAAAAACAGAUUGGAUAUGAAUUUGACUUCAUGAGGGAAGCUGAUGCAAUGGAACGGAUUAGAAAGUUCUUGCAUCAAAAUAACAAAAAGACUCCUGUUUUGGUGCCACGAGUAAUACGAGAUAUGGUUACUAGAAGGGUCCUAGUUAUGGAAUAUAUUGAUGGGAUUCCGAUAAUGAAUCUUGGUGAUGAAAUAGCAAAGAGAGGCAUAAAUCCUCGUGGUAAGGUUGCAGCAGCAGCAAAGCAGAAAAUUCUUCAAAGCUUGACUCUAGCAUAUGGUCAAAUGAUUUUGAAAAGUGGAUUCUUCCAUGCAGAUCCUCAUCCUGGAAAUAUCCUGAUUUGUAAAGGAUCGGAGGUUGCCUUGCUAGACUAUGGGCAGGUGAAGGAUCUCCCAGAACAGUUGAGGCUUGGCUAUGCUAAUCUAGUUCUAGCAAUUGCUAAUGGUGACCCAUUAAGAGCUGCAGAGAGCUAUAGGGAGCUUGGUAUAGAAACCUUGAGCAACUGUGAAAAUGAGCAACAGGAAUUGUUUAAACUAGCGGAGACGAUGUUUGAUACAAAAUUGCCUCCUGGGGUGACAAUGCUGCAACCUUUCUCAGAGGAUUCUUCAAUUAAAAAAGUUGGUGUUAUGGCUUUUCCAGAAGAACUGUUUUCUGUACUUCGGACAGUUCAUCUACUGAGGGGACUUAGCGUUGGACUUGGAAUCAAUUAUUCUUGUGCAGAACAGUGGAGACCUCUAGCAGAAGAAGCUUUGUCCCGAGCUGGCAGAUUUAAAGGUAAGGAUGUUAAGCCCAGAGGCAGCAGAAAACACUGAUUAGUAAAAUAUUUUUUUGGGAGAGACUAAAUAGGUCUGGAUCAACGUAGUUUGUUGAUUUGAUUAACUGGUAAUCACUUCUUGUGUGACGUUGAAGAGAGGUAGAUUAAAAUUAUCUCUUUAAUAGGUAUAUAUAAGUUGGACAUUGAUGGCAAUCACAAUAAGAUUUUGUGGUGCCUCACCAAGUAUAUUUUAUUUUUUAUUUUUUAUUUUUUAUUUUUGAAUUUUAGAAUGCUUUGGGAUUGUACACAAUUUAUUUAUUUAUAGUCAAGAAUAAUUGCAUUGCCAUUAUUUGAAAUU